GCAAAGAGGUAAAUGCAAGAGGCAAAAAUACCAAGAUGCGUAUGGUUGCCGCGUAAAUAUUCCAAAUUACCAUUAACUAACUUGGAAUCUCCCCCACUUUUAUAUAAAAGUCGUCAAGCAAGCACCCAAUAUUUUCUCACCUUUUCUGUUCAAUUGUUUAACUUCCCACCCAAGAAAAUAACGUUCUUGCUUCCGCUUCUAUCGAGGUCUUUUGAACCAGAUUGCUUAUUCCCAACUAUGAAGAAAUCAGCCCUCUUCUCUGUUUCUCUCGCUGCUACAAUCUCUGCUUUUACUCCCAAUUUUCAGUUUACAAGCGAGAAGGAGACAGAAAAUGAAAAUUCUACAAUCAAGAAAUCAACCUUAACCGAGAAAUUUGCUCCGAGGUUUGAUGGGUUAAAGUUCAUUGAGACUUUGAUCACUGCUCAUAGAUAAAAGAAAAUCCCCAUCACCACAAGCUUCAAAUUUUACCUGAUUCAGAAGCUUUUUUCUUCUUCUUCUUUUUUUUCUUUUUUUUUCCUUUUGUGUUUGUGUUUGUGACCUAUUCGGCCUUUUUGUAGAUUGUUAAGAAGAGAAAGAGAUGAAACAACAAUCCAUGUUAUUUAAUUUGGAUGCCCUUCCAAAAUUUAUGAGUUUUGAAAUAUGAGCUUUGGCGUAAUUUGUUAUAUAAAAA